AUGUUGUCUAGAACUGCUAAAAAACCAUUAACGAAUAUAGUUAAAACUGCAACCCACAAAAGAUGUAUUCAAACAGUCUCCAGUGGCAUAAUACAUAGCCACCGUAAUCUUUAUAUUAAUAGAAACAAUGACGGUAAAUUCAUGAAUUUUACUCGUUCCAAUAAAUUUGCAAACAAAUAUAGUAAUAAUAUAAAUGUUAGUAAUUCAAUCGGUUUACGUUAUAAUUCCACAUCUGUUAAAGUCCCACAAAUGGCAGAAUCUUUGACAGAAGGUUCCUUGAAAGAAUUCACCAGGAAAGUAGGGGACUAUAUUGCCGCAGAUGAAUUGUUAGCUACCAUCGAAACUGAUAAGAUUGACGUAGAAGUUACUGCCCCUGUCUCUGGUAUCAUCGCAAAAUUGAAUUUUCAACCCGAAGAUAUUGUCACCGUUGGUGAAGAAUUGGCCCAGAUCAAACCAGGUGAAGUAUCUGCUGGUGAUGCUACUGCUACUGCUACUGCUUCUGCAGACACUGCUACUCCUGCUGGUACUACUUCUUCUACUUCUUCCGAGGCUUCCAAAAGACAAACCUCUUCUUCAUCUUCUCCUGCAAAUGCUGCGGACACAAAGAAGGAAACCCCAUCAUCUGCUGUUCCAAAGCCCAUUACGCCAGAAAAGAAGACUACUACUCCUCUAAAUACUGCAUCCCAAUCUUUCACUCCAUUCCAACGUAAUGAAAAUAAAGUCAAGAUGAAUAGAAUGAGACUAAGAAUUGCUGAAAGAUUAAAAGAAUCUCAAAAUACUGCUGCGUCAUUGACCACUUUCAAUGAAGUCGACAUGAGUGCACUAUUAGAAAUGAGAAAAUUGUAUAAAGAUGAAAUUAUUAAGAAGACCGGUGUUAAAUUCGGUUUUAUGGGUCUCUUCUCUAAAGCUUGUACUUUAGCUGCUAAAGAUAUUCCUGCAAUUAAUGCUGCAAUCGAAGGUGACCAUAUUGUCUACCGUGAUUACACUGAUAUUUCAGUGGCAGUGGCUACACCAAAGGGUUUAGUAACUCCAAUUGUUCGUAACGCUGAAUCGUUAUCUGUCUUAGAGAUUGAACAAGAAAUUGCAAGAUUGGGUCAAAAGGCAAGAGAUGGUAAGUUAACUUUGGAGGAUAUGACUGGUGGUACCUUCACUAUUUCUAAUGGUGGUGUCUUUGGUUCAUUAUAUGGUACUCCAAUCAUCAAUAUGCCACAGACUGCUGUCUUAGGGUUACAUGGUGUCAAAGAAAGACCAGUUACUGUAAAUGGACAAAUUGUCUCUAGACCAAUGAUGUAUUUGGCUUUGACUUACGAUCAUAGAUUAUUGGAUGGCAGAGAAGCUGUUACUUUCUUGAAGACGGUUAAGGAAUUAGUUGAAGAUCCGAGAAAAAUGUUACUAGCAUGA